AUGACUACAUCGAACAAUGAGUUUUAUUUUGGUUUACUCAGAAUAUCUGUGAUACAAAUGCUCAAAGCUCAAGGCUUUGAUAAAAGUAAACCUUCCACUGUGGAUACAUUGAGUGAUUUAUACAUAAAAUUCCUUAAUCUUUUAGUACUCGAAGUGACAAAAUUAGCUCAAGCAAGAGCAGAUGUAGAUGAUACCAUUGCAUUACAGGACAUUACACAAGCAUUUACUAAUUUGGGUCUAAUAAAACCAAAUGAUUUACUGGACGUUUAUGAUGAAAACCCUGAAGGACCCGGCGAUUCAGGCGUAAGAGCAUUAAAAGAUUGGUGUUUAAAUAGUGUUCAAUUGAGUAAUUAUAAAAAAGUCGCAUUACCGAAUAUCGACAUGCUUAGAAUGUCAAAUGAAAACCCAACGAUAACGCAACAAGCUACUACCGCGACUAACGCUUCCACUUCUAACCCUACAUUAUCUUCAAAUCAACCUGGAAAUAAUAAUAAUAGUAACAUCAAUAAUACUAGUACAAGUGAUGGAAUUUUACCUAUAAAUCAUACUCAAACACAAAAACAAAUAUUCGCAAUACCUGAUUAUAUGAAUCCUUCACAACAAAAUCAACAGGAAGAAUUGGAAAAAGAGAAAGAAGAAGAAAAUAAUUUAAUUGAAGAACUAAUAAAUAAUGGUGAUACAGAUGAUUGGAUACGGUUACUAAUAGUAAGGCAGAAAUUAAAAAUCUAUAAUAGAAGGCGUAAGAUUGAAGCAGAAAAUUCCACUUCAACUGCUUACGCUCAUAACUCGAAUACACCGAAUACAGAUAUAUCGGUAAUCCCAGAUAUUAAAUUGUUACCAAAUAUUGCUGGUCUAAAAUAUUCUAUUCUCUAUAACACUUUACAAUCCAGUUCUCCUGAGAUUAAUAAUGGAUCGUCUUUGGAGGGAGAAUUCAAGUCACAUAACGAAACAUUACCUAUAAUAGAAGAAUCUGAUAUAACAUCAUCUGACAAUAAUAACAAUAUUGGCACAGGAGCCAUUAUGGAUACAGAUCAUGUUACUAUAUCAGACGAUGCUGCAUCCAUAAUGGGAAGAGUAGCUCUCUUGACAAAAUUACUCCCAAUAAUGAAACAAGACACCAAAUUAGAUAAUAUAUCAUUAUCUUAUGAAAAUUCUGAUUUUGAUGAAAUAGACCCAAGGAACAAUGUUGAAUCGGAGAAGGGAAAUAAUGAUAUAGAGACAUUCGAACAUGAAGACGAUGAUAUGGCUGGUGCUAAUAAUAUGCAAUUAGGAAGCACAUCCAAUAACAUUAACUUCGAUGAAUUUGGUGAUAUGGACAACACUUUCCAAAGAAGAGCAUCUCUAGAUUAUGGUAGUUCAUCAAUAUUCUGA